AUGGGUGCAUACAAAUACAUCCAGGGGCCACGGAGGAAGAAGCAGUCGGACGGACGUGAUGCGCUUUCUUUCCAUUGCUCACAAUACCGCCAGCUCUCUGCAUUGCACCGGUGUCCCCGCCCCACCUGGCCUGAUGAAGAGCGAAGACUUGGGUACAAGGCUAAGUAAGUUUAUGUCAUUUACAGUAUUCUUAUCCACCUUGGUGGUCGCAAACACCCGGUUUCCCAACGCCCGGUUUACAGCAAGUCUGUCAACCAUGGUGUUAACAAGCUGAAAUUUGCCCGAAGUCUUCAGUCUGUUGCUGAGGAGAGAGCUGGGCGCCAUUGUGGGCCUUUGAGAGUCCUGAUUUCCUACUGGGUUGGUGAAGACUCCACAUAUAAAUUUUUUGAGGUUAUCCUCAUUGAUCCAUUCCAUAAAGCUAUCAGAAGAAAUCCUGACAUCCAGUGGAUCACCAAACCAGUCCACAAGCACAGAGAGAUGUGUGGGCUGACAUCUGCUGGCAGAAAGAGCCGCGGCCUUGGAAAGGGCUACAAGUACCACCACAGUAUUGGUGGUUCUCCCCGUGCAGCCUGGAGAAGGCGCAGUCCUCUCCAGCUCCACCGUUACCGCUAA